AUGGACUUUGAUGAUAAAAAGUCCGAAGGCGAACUUCUAGGGGAGUAUUCUAUGUCCUUUAAAGACUGUGCCGAGAAGUGUCGGGGGGAUUGUAGGGUGUUUGGGUAUAAUGAAGGAUUGAAGAAAUGUCGGCUCCACAGGAAACUCCACAAGUCGUCAACAUCAGAUGAGGAGGGCUGGAGAUACUUUUUUCAUGAUUUUCUCCCUAGAGAUUGUAAAGAACUCCUUGAUAACGACUACACAUAUACAGGGGUCUCUAUUCCUGUCAAGGUGUUUUGUGACAUGACAACAAUAGGAGGGGGAUGGACGGCAAUUCAAAAACGGAUGGAUGGAUACGUGAACUUUGAUAGGAACUGGAUAGAUUAUAAAAAUGGAUUUGGUUCAUCGGAAGCGGAAGUCUGGAUUGGACAUGACGUAAUCCAUCAAUUAACGAAAGAAAACACCUCAUCCUUGUAUGUAACCAUUACUCUACAGAAUGGUACAACGCUGUAUGAAAUGUACGAAGGAUUUUCUGUCUCCAACGAAGCAGGAAAAUAUCAACUGUUUCUUGCAGGACCUGCCACGGGGACUUUAGGAGACAGUAUGAUAGACACAGGUUAUCCUUACCAUGAUCUGUCUGGGAUGUACUUCAGUACUCCAGACAGGGAUAACGACAGAUCUAGAGAUAAUAACUGUGCUGCUGCUAGUAGCCGUAGAGGGGGCUGGUGGUUUAAUUCCUGUCACCGCGCCUUCCUUAACGGUGUGUGGUCCUCAGAGUCCUGGCACUGGCCAUGGGAUCCCACAGUAAGGAGUGGGACAUCAGUGAAGGGAACCACCAUGAUGGUCAGACGUCACUAGAUGACCGACCACCCAUCAAUCAGAAAAAUCGUUUAUGAUAAAGCAGAUGGUUUUGAAUUAAUCUUCAUCAGGAGGUCCUUUUUUUAAAAAUAGUGUUCGACAUGAAGUGAGAACACUUGCA